AUGACAAAAAAAAGUAUACCAAAAUCUCUUUUGAAGUCAUUGAAUAAUGAGUAUGGAAGCAUUAAACAUGUCCGUGCAAUAGAGUGGGGUCUGGCUAACGAAUCUACAGCAGUAAAUAUUUUACAAGAAACUGAAAAUAUUAUAGUUCAACCAACUGGACUAUGGUUACACCAGUGUGGAUUUAUUGGUGCGUCACCUGAUGGUCUUAUUGGUGAAGAUGAUAUUGUUGAAGUGAAGUGUCCAUAUAAAUAUAGAAAAUGUAAAUUAUCUGAUGCAAUAACUGAAGAUCAAUCAUAUAUAAUUUACAAAAUUAACAAUGAGAUAUUCAUCAACAAGCAUCAUAAUUACUGGCACCAAAUACAAGGACAGCUAUUUAUGACCAAGAGAAGUAGAUGCUUUUUGGUUGUGUGGACAACAGACGAAACUAUCAUAGUUCAAAUCUAUAAAGAUACAAAUUGGUCAAACAACUUUAACAUUAUUAAAUCAUUUUAUUUAGAACAUUAUAUUCCAUACAUUUUAGGAAAAAAUGAAUAG